AUGACGUCGUGCAGAGUUGAGGUCGACUACUACAAACUCUUGGAGGUGGACAGCUUUGCUACGACCCGGGACGUCAAGGGCGCCUACCGGAGACUCGCGCUGUUGUACCACCCCGACAAGAACCUAGACAAGACGCCAGAGGCCCUGAGCAAGAUGCAGGAGGAGUUCUCCCGGAUCCAGGAAGCCUACGAGAUCCUGAACGACCGCGCCACGCGCCGCCAAUACGACAGGCAGAAGUUCGACGAGGCGCGCGCCAAGUCGCAGGGCAUGGGCAUGGGGCUGUUCUCGCAGGGCACGAAAGCGGAGAGCGGCGUCUGGGAGCGCUGGUCGGGCGAGAAGCGCAGGGCGCAGGCGGCGGGCCCUGGCGACGCGGAGGCUGCCGCGGCGCGCGG